AAAAGCCCGCGGUCACACGCAGCCGUGCCAAAUGGGCUGUCACACGCGCUUUGGAGUAACCCGUGGAUUUGACGUAUCGGUUUUCACAUCGUCGCGCUUGGAAACUUUCUCGAGCCGCGUGCUGGACCAAUACCAUGGCCUCUGAUACGAGCCGCGUGUCGAGCAGACCCUCCUCCCCCGAGGUGGACGACAGCUUCAUGGCAACCCUGAAGAAGUCAGUGCACGGAUUCUCCGGCGCGGUGUCCUCCACGCAGAGCGACUCUCCCUCCGACAUCCCCGGCCUGCACAGCUUGCACAGUCUGCAUAGCCUGCACAGCCUGCACGGCCUGCACGACCUGCACGACCUCUCCGCCUCCGAUGACGAGUCCCUCGCCCUGAGGUUGGCCAAGAAAGACCGUAAACUCCUGUCAGAGAACGAGCUGCAGUCGAUCCGCCUCAAGAUCAACAGCCGCGAGAGAAAAAGGAUGCACGACCUGAACGUGGCCAUGGACGGACUUCGGGAGGUCAUGCCCUAUGCGCACGGUCCAUCGGUGCGUAAACUCUCCAAAAUCGCCACCCUGCUGCUGGCGAGAAACUACAUCCUGAUGCUGAGCAACUCGUUGGAGGAGAUGAAGCGCUUGGUCAGUGAGAUCUACGGCAGCAGCGCACACCACGGCGGCUUCCACCCGUCAGCCUGCGGGAGUAUGGCACACGCUGGGCCCGUGCCGGGACACCCGGCUGCCCCCCACCCCGCACACCCGGCGGUGCACCACCCGCUCCUCCCGCCGGCGGCCAUCUCCUCCGCGUCUCUUUCUGUGCCCGGUAUCUCCGCUGUCAGCUCGGUCCGAACCCACCACGGACUCCUCAAAGCUCCCGUUCCCGGUGCAGGGCCGCUGGGCAGCAGCUUCCACCACUGGGGCGUUGGCACCGGGAUGCCCUGUCCGUGCAGCAUGUGCCAAGUCCCGCCUCCGCAUGUGUCCAGCAUGAGCUCCGUCACUAUGCCGAGGCUGACCAGCGACUCCAAGUGACUUCCAUCCCAAUGGAGACGAACUUAUUUGGGGUUGUCACAGACUCUCUCUCCUCUUAUAACAUGUUUUUUAUUUAUCUUUGUCGCCGAAUCCGUUGCGUGGACGGAGCCAGUAAAGACGAUUGCAUUGGUUUUCCUCACUGGGACUUUGGGAUUUGGCAACUAACUUAGUGUUUUAUGGUGAUUAACCUCAGUUGUAAGCGGCGUUUCUUCUCAGAGCUCAAAAAGCAGAACGAAAUUUCCUUUUAAUUCUGGAAAAACUUAAUGAUCCAGUCUUCUAUUCGUCUAUUUUAACAUCAAAAUCUCUGGUUUAUUUAAAGGGCCUGCAGAGGGAAAAGCCCCAACUUGAAUCCAACCACAAAUAUAAUGUAAAUAUGUAGAAUCGUCUGUUUAAAUAGUGGGAGAUAUUAUAUAUUAUAGUCUUGUUAAUGUGUGGGAAGUUUCCUACUGCCCUCACAUGUUGCACCUGCAUUAUUCUGUCAACUGUUUUUCUCCCUGUUUUCUGCUGAGUGGUUUGUCUUUCACUGUCCGGCCCACACAAUGGCCACUUCUUUAUUUUUUUAAAUAAACAGAAAAUGAUAUUUAUUUACUUAUUUUGAACGUGAUUUUCAGAUGAAUCUCUGAUGAUGUUGGGUUUGAAAAUGUAAAAUAAAGACGAUUAAUUGCA